AUGCCGAAGAACCUGAGCCUCUUCGGCGCGUAUCUUUGGGGCAUCGGCAAGAACAUCCAGAAGAAUUACAGGCGGAGCCAGAUCACGAGGAUAGUGCCCCCUAAGGCUCUCGGCAACGUGCCGUCUGCCUCUUCGCAGAUGACCCUUUGGGGAGGCGAUGACUACAACAUGUACACGAAGAAAAGGUGGAGUGGACGUUGGAAUUAUCACCACACAUACCCGAACUGCUAUCGGAAGGAUUUCAAGUCGGACGCUCUCAACACUACCAUCUUCAAUAUGCGCGUCACGCCCAGUGCCCUGUACAGCAUGGAUGACGCAGGGGGGUUCGACGAUUACAUACUCCGGACGCCCCCUCAGGAGCUGCGCUCAGCCACUGGCGAGAAGAUGCGCCAGGUCAUGUACUUCUACCAGAGUCGACCAGAUGUGAAAGCAUGGGGUCUGCCGUGGAAGGUCUUCCUGAGAGGCAAGGAUCGGAAAGACCCAGCGUAUGCAAGAUAUAAACACGAGGCCAGGAAGGAGGCCUCGGGUAGAUCCGUCGCGCGGCAGCAUGCGAGGUUCUCACCGUACUACCUCCCUACGGCUGCCCUGAUGCACCCAGCACGGCAGGAGUUUGUCGAGGGGUCGAUCCAGCCACAGCUCAACCCUUGGUGGCGGGACAGCUCGGCACUGGAGGCGGCCUUCCGACGAAGACUCCAGGAGGCCAAGGGCUUCGAGUUAGCACACGCAGACCAUCGCGAGCCGAUGGGCUUCCGCUACGGUCAGACUUUUGGCGGUGGCGGGCCGCCCAACACUUGCCCGCGGAUGCGCAGCAAGACGCACAAGUGGCGCCAGCUCCGGCCCUACUGA